GCUCGGGCCGCCUGAGGUGGGGUGGAGAGUCGGGUUGAGCCGACUUUGUCCUGCCCCCUUUGUGUGUGUGUGGUGGGGGGGAGAGGUGAUGGUAGGUCUUGGAGGGAAUGCAGUGAAACUGGCACACCGCGGGUGGGGCGGAAGGGGGCGGGGUCGGCACCUUUCUCCUGUUACGAGGAUCCCCCUUUUGGGAUCCCUUCCUCCCCGCCGUGGAUCACUACCGCAUCCCCAUUUGCCCCGUUCCAGUGGGUGCAGGUAGCUCCGGGAUUGAGUUUCCCGUGUGAUGAAUAUUCAUUGGUUUGCACCCAGCCUGGACUCCUGUUUACUUAGCCGGGAGGAGCUGAGUUUCAGUUCACCUUGGCUGGGAAGAAGCCGCCGGGGCAGGUACCCGGCUCUUGCACCUGUUUCUCCUACACCUGACACGCAGCUGCUGCCCCUGCGGUCGCUCCUGCCCAGCCCACCGCUCGGCUUUCCUGCGAUCUGGGCUCCAGCCCUUGCCUGACAGCCUCAGAGACACUCCUGCCUCCCCCAUUCUCACUCUCGUGCCCUCACCCCCUCCCCGGGCAAGGUCUCCACCAGAGAAGUCUGGAUUAACAGGAGGUGUCCUUUGAACAUUCCGCUCCAAGGAUCAUGGCAGAUGUUGGCUGGUGGAAGUUGACCUUUUUGCGCAAAAAAAAGUCAACUCCCAAGGUGCUGUAUGAAAGUCCAGACACUUAUGCCCACCUAGACGGAGGUACUGAGCCCACCCGGCCUGAGGGCGGGAGUCCCAACAGUGACUUUAAUGCCCGGUUAGAGAAAAUUGUGGACAAGAACACCAAGGGCAAACAUGUCAAGGUCUCCAAUUCUGGCCGCUUUAAGGAGAAGAAAAAGGUCCGAGCCAGUCUGGCAGAAAAUCCCAACCUCUUUGAGGAUGGAGAAGGAAAAGGACAGUGAAGGAUGAGAAGGGGGAUGCUGGGUACCUCCUUCUUUCCUAUCGUCGGGCUGGAUUCUGAAAAGGAAAACAGACAUUCCAGCCUCUCUGCCUACAGUCCAAGUUUUGCAGAGUGUCCUCUGUUGGCCUCCACACCUGCGGGCAAGGAAACAUCUCUUACCUAUAGAUGUAUGACUCUACUAGGGGAAGGCUGGCCCUGGAGGUUUGGGCUUGUUGCAACCCCCACAUGUAGGGUCCUCCUCAGUUCAAGGAUCCUCUCUCAGGAAAGAGAAAUCACAACCCUGGGAGGGUCCAUGCUCAUUGCCGCUCUAAGCGGUGCCUGCUGGGAGGGAGGAAUGGGUAAAGGUGGAGCAUCCCUUCUGUUCACCAGGAACAAGGAUCACAAUCAAGUUUGAACUGCUGCUCUCUCCUCCACUUUCACCCACAGCCUUUUCCCAGUGGGAAUUUUUUCUAGAAAAUAGAUGGAGUCAGGGGAAUAGGGAGACUUGAUCCCUUACCUCAUCUCUGUGUGCAUUUCCUGGAACUUUGCUUUAAAAAUAUGGCCAGAAGAGGAUCUCUCAAACUUCACAUAAGACUCCAAAGGGAUAGAUUAGUAUGAAUCAGUUCCUGCUAGGGACAUUCCCUUCUAAGUGCGUCCAAGAUAGACAGGGACAAUGGGGGAGCUGCUUGGCUUCCUGCUCAGGGGAACCUAUCUACUCUCCCUGCCAGAAUAUGUAGUUAAGACAAGGGCCCCCGGAUGACAUCCUGGGCUUUUAAUUUUUUUUGUUUGGUCAUAAAUUUCUUUUUGCUAAUAAACAUGACUUGAAAGUGGA